AACAAAAAACAUAGCCCUGUCACAGGCACAGUUGCAUUCUAUCAACCAUCGUCUGACCAAGCAUUCAGAUUCUGAGAGCAGGGAGAAGGUGCAAUGGUUGAGCCUGCUAUUUCUGCCACUGUUGGCAGAAUUGGCGAGCUCGCUGUUCAGGAGACAACAUUCUUGUGCGGAGUUACUUCAGAAGCGGGAUUCUUGAAAGAUGAGCUGGAGCGGCUGCGGUGCUUCCUCCAAGAUGCUGGCACCAAGAGGAAAUCUGGGAGUGCAACUGCUAAACUUUGGGUUAGCCAAAUCAGGGACGCUACAUAUGAAGCUGAGAAUGUCCUAGAGGUGGUUGACUACAUGGAGAAGAGAAACAGGCUCAAGAAGGGCUUCAUGGGCGCCAUUUCAAGGUAUGCUCGCCUCCCAAGUGACUUGGUUACCCUUCAUAAUGUUGGUAAUGAAAUUCAACGUAUCAGAAGGAAGGUUAAUGAGAUAUAUGAAAGUGCAAACCGUUUGAAUCUUAUUGGUAGUGCUGCUGCAGAGGAGAGUCUUGUUGAGGAUGACUCUUUGCAACAUAGCGGUCUUGUCUAUCCUAAUUCUGAAGAUGUUACUGUUGUUGGUUUUGAGGAUGAGCAAAAUGAGAUAGAAACAAAAUUACUUGCUUCAGAUAACAACCUUAGUGUGGUCUCAAUAGUUGCCAUGGGUGGAGCAGGGAAAACUACACUAGCUCGAAAAAUCUACAAUUCAAAUAAAAUCAAGGAACACUUUCACACAAUUGCAUGGGUGACUGUAUCCCAAAAGUUUAAGGGUGCUGAUUUAUUGAAAGAUAUUAUGAAACAAAUAUUUGGGGGUAAAUAUGAGGGCAGAGAAAUUGAUCAGAUGCAAGAGUAUGAAGUGGGAAAGAAGAUCCAUGAUUUUCUACUAGAUAAAAGAUACUUAGUUGUGCUUGAUGAUGUGUGGACAACAGAUACAUGGAAUCAGAUAAACAGAACCAUCAAAGUAUUUCCAGAUGUAGAUAAUGGCAGUAGAGUAAUGUUAACCACCCGAAAGAUUGAUGUUGCAAAUCACAUUAAAAUGCCGAGAAAAGUUCACAAUCUGAAACUCUUGGAUGCUGAGAAAAGCUGGGACCUUUUCAUUAGCAAGGCCUUGCCAUCAUAUAACAGGUCCUCGAUACAUAACAUUGGUGAGUUUGAAGAACUUGGGAGACAGAUUGCAAGUAAAUGUAAUGGAUUACCACUUGCACUUUCUGUUUUGGGGGGUUUUCUAUCAAAGAAUUUAACUAUAGAAGCAUGGAAAGAUACACUAUCAGGUUGGACAUCGACUGAAAAUGGGCGCAUGAUGGGAGAAAUACUGGCUCGAAGUUACAAUGACUUGCCAAAUCAUCUAAAAUGUUGUUUUCUCUAUCUUGCUGUUUUCCCUGAGGAUCACCUCAUACAUGUAUCAGAUCUUAUCAAUUCAUGGAUAGCAGAAAGCUUCGUUCCUAGUUCAAGAAAGCAUAAGGAACAAAUGGCACGGAAGUAUGUAACUGAGUUGGCUCAAAGAAGCUUGGUUCAGGUUACUGAUACAAGUAAAGCGCACGGGUGGAUUGAAAGUAUACAACUUCAUGAUAUUUUACAUGAUUGGUGCGUUGGAGAAGCAAGAGAUGCUGGUUUCUGCGAUGUCAUCGACAAAACUACGGGGCAUGUUGUGCUAUCAUACCGCUCUUCUCUUCAGAACUGCUAUGAAGAUGACAUGUUCGAGGCAGCACCUAAUCUCCGAACUCUUAUUGGUUUUGAUCUUCCAUCCCUACCUAUGCUGAGAUACCUAAGGGUUCUUCACGUAGAGAAAUCGAGAGUAAUGAAUCUCUCUCGGGCAAUCAGUGGGUGCAUUCACCUUAGGUGCCUCAGAUUGCAGAAUUGGAUCUUCUCCACCAAGGAAUGGUCCACCGAAAGAGCUCCAGGUCUUCUCCACCAAGAUCUUCUCCCAUUUCAACCUUAA